GACUACUAUCCAGCAGCCCUGCACUGUGGUGGCACGACCGGGUUAACCCCACUCUGAUCUGACCGCCUGCUGGGCUUCAAAGUGGAUGGAAAUCUCUGAGGCGUGAAAAAAUGCGGUUGUGGAUUAUUUUACUGCUCAGUUUUGGGAGUGCCUGUGGGGAACUGCCGUUCAUAGCAGAGAACAAUGCAGCGAUGUUGGUCAACUGGAAUGCUGUUGAUGGGAACAAAAAGUUGUACGCCAUCUAUGAUACAAGCGUCAACGAACGGGGGAACAUGUCUUUUGUCAAAGAGACUGUGGACAAACUGCUGAAAGGAUAUGAUAUUCGUCUCCGGCCAGACUUCGGAGGUGCACCGGUGGCUGUGGGCAUGAGUAUAGACGUGGCCAGUAUAGACAUGGUGUCAGAGGUCAACAUGGACUACACACUUACCAUGUACUUCCAACAGUACUGGAGAGAUAAGAGACUGGCCUAUGCAGGGAUCCCUCUCAACCUGACACUGGACAACAGAGUAGCAGAUCAGCUCUGGGUCCCUGACACCUAUUUCCUCAAUGACAAGAAGUCCUUUGUGCAUGGUGUCACCGUAAAGAACCGUAUGAUUCGGCUCCACCCAGAUGGCACUGUCCUUUAUGGCCUCAGAAUCACGACCACAGCAGCCUGCAUGAUGGAUCUGAGGAGAUACCCGCUGGAUGAACAGAACUGCACCCUGGAAAUUGAGAGUUACGGUUACACAACAGAUGAUAUAGAGUUCUACUGGAAAGGAGGAGACACUGCAGUAACGGGGGUGACGCGCAUCGAGCUGCCUCAGUUCUCCAUAGUCGACUACAAACUGGUGUCGAGGAAUGUGGUCUUUUCCACAGGUGCCUACCCUCGACUGUCUCUGAGCUUCAAGCUGAAGCGAAACAUCGGAUACUUCAUCCUACAGACGUACAUGCCCUCCAUCCUCAUCACCAUCCUGUCUUGGGUGUCUUUCUGGAUAAAUUAUGAUGCCUCGGCUGCCAGAGUUGCAUUAGGGAUCACCACUGUCCUGACCAUGACAACCAUCAACACCCAUUUAAGAGAGACUCUGCCCAAGAUCCCAUAUGUCAAAGCCAUCGACAUGUACCUGAUGGGCUGCUUUGUGUUCGUCUUUCUGGCUCUGCUGGAAUAUGCCUUUGUCAACUACAUCUUCUUUGGGAGAGGUCCUCAGAUGCAGAAGAAGCUGGCAGAGAAGGCACAGAAGGCCACCAAUGAGCGCAACAAAUUAGACCGGCCCAAGUCUUCCAUUCUGGAAGGAGGCAAUUGCAAGUCUUCAUCUGUUAAACUGUCCAAUCAGGCACAAGGGCGUCAUACCUCACAACGGGUCGACUCCCAGGGGAACAUUUUGCUGACAACCUUGGAGAUCCACAACGAGAUGGGAGGGAAUGAGGUCACAACUACCGUGAGCGAGACUCACAACUCUUCCUCCAUGGUGUUUGACAACACGGGGGUCCAGUACAGGAAGCCGAGUGGGCCACGGGAGCCGGGCCGCCUUAGUCUAGACAGAAGUUCACAUCUAAAGAAGACCCGUCUGCGGAGACGAUCCUCGCAGCUCAAAAUCAAAAUCCCAGACCUCACCGAUGUGAACGCCAUCGACAGAUGGUCUCGGAUAAUAUUCCCCUUCACCUUCUCCCUCUUCAACCUAAUCUACUGGCUUUAUUAUGUCAAUUAAUGCACAGACGUUUUUUAAACCCAGCUCAGCCUCAUUCUAGUUUUUGAAUGAGAGAAAACAUUAUGGUGUGACCCUAAUGAACUUUCUUUUUUUACACAGCAAGGCAGACUUUGAUCAGAGAACUGUCACUCAGGCAGUGUGCGCAUACAACAUCACCACAAGGAUUCAUCUACAGAAUGUGUAUGUAUGUGAAUGACACUGCUCUGUCCUGACUCAUGUGGAGACCUGGGACAUUGUACAGUAUCUCAUGGGUUGAAGCACAGACUCUUAUUUGUUUUAGGUCAGUUAUGAAAACUGUACCCAUAAUUUCAGUUUAAAAUGUGGUCACUUUGUUACAACAUAUUGCGACUGACAAGACAACUGACGAUGAUUCAUUGUAUUAUUACAUUACAUGUUUGUUAUAAUGGUAUACACACACAGGCCAAAGUCUGAGUUUAUGAUCUGGACAUAAAUUGCUCCAAAACCAGUCUUGAGGGAAUGGUUGUAAAUUUUGGUAAUAUGCUUUUGUUUGCUAAGAAUAAGUGCAGCAAGAAAUAUCAUUCUUAUGAUUUUACAAUUGAUUUCAAGUUAUCCAGAGUAGGGUAGUGAUGUGUCGGUCGUGAAUGAUUCGUUCGUUUUGAACAAAUCCUUACAAGGACUCGGGAGAUUCGUUCAUUUUCUCGUGGCCGCGCAUCGGGACUGUUGCAUAGGCUGAUGCAGGUCACGUUUAAAAAGGAUCAAAAGACUUGUAUCCGGCGGAAUAACGAAUCACUGAUCCGAAGAAUCUGUUGGCAGAAGAAUGAAUCACUGAUCUUGAAGACAAGGUCGGGAGGUGAACGAUUUGUUUGAGUCUUUGGAUCAUUUGCACCCCCCCCCCCUCUUGAAAUGAACGAAUGACUCGAAAAAAUAUUCUUUCCUUUUACUGAACGAGAUUCAAAGAACCGAGUCGGUAAAAUGAUCCGAACUUCCUAUCACUAGAUUAGGGGCUAACCGAAAAGCACUUCCCCCCCAAAAUGAUUCCCCCCCCCCCCCAACUCUUCCUUUAAAUUGCCUUGCAGUUGAUACCACCAACUGUUGCAGUUUUUAAAGGUCCACACAGGAACUGCGUUAUAACCUAAAACCACAGGGGGCCUUGUGGAAAUCCAUACCAGCAUUUUAUAAAAGCCAUUAUUCUGUCAUUCACUGCCUCUUUUUAAAAUAAAAUGUUAACGUACUGUUGGAAAUGGGCUCAGUCUUGCUGGAGUUUGAUGAACAGAUUGACACCACUUUCAUGUUUGUCUGUUGAGUAUAAUGAUAGAUAUAAGCAUAGCUUAGCUUAGUUUAGUUUAAAAACUGGAAACGAUGGGAAACAGCGAGCCUGUAAUCCAAACAGAUUGGGUCUUUCUUUGGCUGGACAAAACUGGUAAUUUUAAUUUGUUUGUAUGUUUAGAUUAGACUGAGGAAUUGUUUUAUUACGUGUUAAUUAGUGAGCUCUAGUGCUUCUGGUAAGUGGAUUCCACCAUUGGAUAAUUUUGUUUCUAGCCUUUAUGCUAAGCUACGCUAAGAGGUGCUAAGCUUGCCUAACUGGUUUUCAUGCUAAGCUAGCACGUGAUGUGGUAUCAAUUUUCUCAUCUAACAUGCAGCGGGAAAGUGAAUGAAAAUAUUUCUGAAAAUAUCAAACUAUUUCUUCAACAAUUGCAAUUACCCAUUUAAAAUUACUUAUUUGAAAUGAAAAUUCAAAUACAAACUAACAGAUGAAAAAUUUCUAACAUGACAGCAGAAAAAGGUGCCCAUGCUUGUGUAGUAAACGUUUACAUUAUCUUAUCAGUUUACAAUAUUUAUUUUAAUUAUUGUUUGUCAUUGUGCUUUUAGGACUGCCAUCAUAUUUAUCAUCAUUAAUUAUUCAAUACACCAUGUCUCACAUGACGACCUUCUUCUUUCUGUCAGACUGCUUGUUGUAUUUGGGAAUGAGUGCAGAUCACUGUUACAGAUCUCAUGUCAGGUUUUCUCCUCACGCUCACAUUUCUUGACCCUCCCUGGAGUUUAAUGUACAUACUGUAACUGCACAUUUUCGUUCAGCUCAACAAUGUUUUGCGCAGUGAAUUCUGGACUUGCUGUUUUGUUUUGUCGGUCUUUACUCAACAUUAUCAUUUCCUAUUUCUGUUGUAAAUAUAAAACACAAUA